AUGGCUGUUUUUAAAUUUCAAACUAAGGAACAAGCAGUGUCUUUGAAGCUUCUGGUAGACACAGAGACUAACAAAGUUGUAUUUGCUGAAGCUGAUAAAGAUUUUGUGGACAUUCUCUGUAGCUUCUUAACAUUUCCAUUAGGCACCAUUGCAAAAUUUGUUCAGAAAGACUCAAACAUUGGUCCAAUUACAAUUGGUUGUCUCAACUCUCUCAAUCAAAGUGUGCAAAAUCUUGGCUUGUUGACUAAUUAUAACUCAUCCGAAGAUUAUUGCAACACUCUCAAAAUUAACAUUGAUGAUAGUUUGCCCACAAAUUACUUCAUGUGUUCCAAGUUUGAUGAGUUUGAUCAUAAAUGUUGUUAUUUGAGCUUAGGUACCAAAAAGCAUUAUUGUGAAUAUGGCCAUCCUUUGUCCCGUUUAGUUUCCCUCUCAUCUCCACUGUUUGAGAUUUGCUUGGGAUUUGUGAAGCCUGCUACAAAAUUUGUUAUUAGCGAUGAUUUAAUUGUGUUUCCGCCCUCCAUGGAUCUCACAAUCUUUGAUCUUACCAAGAAGUUUGGAAUAAAAAGCACAAGCUCGGUUAAAGAAAUGACUGUCAAUGUCACAAAGGAAAAGGUAUUGGAUUUGUUAAAGUGCUCGUUUUUUUCCAAGACACCUCUAACCGAUGUGUUUUUAGGAAUGAAACCUCUUAUUGAGAAAUCAAGGAUUUUCUCCUGUGAUGUUAAAGAUAUUAUCAGUGGUGAUAUUCAUAUCACUGUGAAGCUAGUUAUAAGAAAAUCGGAUAAUAUUAUAUUGUAUGCUCAAGGGGGACAAGAUUUUGCAGAGUUGAUUAUUCGAUUUCUGACAUUUCCGUUGGGCGGGGUUUUAUGCAAGUUAGAAGGGAAUGAUUCAUUGGGUAGUAUUGAUGGAUUUUGCAAGAGCAUAUCCAAUUUGAAUGAAGACAGGUAUUUCAUAUUAGAAGCAAAGAAAAGGCUUCUGGAGCUAAGUGGUAUGCAUUAUUAUUGUCAUGUUCAUGAUGACACUUCUGGAGAAAAAUUCACUCUUUUCAAAAGUAAUGAAGUUGAUUUUGAUUGGCAAAAUGUAGUAAAAAUGAAAUUGGUUAAUACCAUUACCAUACCGCCUAUGAUACGCCCUGGAAUUUAUGUCAAGACACCAGAAAUGUACUACAUGGUUACGGAUGAUCUUGUCGUAGAGCCGUUGUUGUCUCCAAUUUCAUCUGUAUUUUUAUUUAACCGUUUCAAAACUUCUAUUUAUGAUUUGGAGGAAAAAGUUGUUACCCUUGGCAUCAAAGAGAGUCUCAGCAUAUUUAAGGAAGCUUUAAACUCAACAUGUGCACUCACAAAUGGUCUCCGACACCUACUAACCCGAGUUAAAAAGGAGAAAUGAGAAUGAUGAACAUUGUGUUGUUGUCUAUGAAACAUCAUC